AACACUUUCCGUCUAACCGAGAGAGCAGCAAUUGAUUAAUAGCUCGGCGAGGGGACACACUGUUACAACAACACUACACCAGCAACUCCUGGCUUCCCAGCAGGAACGCAGGAGAGAGUAGCGAGGGAGUUGGGUCUCCAGGUUGCGCGAGGAGCAAAUGAUGACCGCCAAGGCCUUAGACAAAAUCCCAGUAACUCUCAGUGGUUUUGUGCACCAGCUGUCUGACAACAUCUACCCGGUGGAGGACCUCGCCGCCACGUCGGUGACUAUCUUCCCCAAUGCCGAACUGGGAGGCCCUUUUGACCAGAUGAACGGAGUGGCCGGAGAUGGCAUGAUCAACAUUGACAUGACUGGAGAGAAAAGGUCCUUGGAUCUCUCAUAUCCCAGCAGCUUUGCUCCCGUCUCUGCACCCCGAAACCAGACCUUCACUUACAUGGGCAAGUUCUCCAUUGACCCCCAGUACGCUGGUGCCAGCUGCUACCCAGAAGGCAUCAUCAACAUUGUGAGUGCAGGCAUCCUGCAAGGGGUCACCUCCCCAGCUUCCACCACAGCCUCGUCCAGCGUCACCUCCGCCUCCCCCAACCCACUGGCCACGGGACCCCUGGGCGUGUGCACCAUGUCCCAGAACCAGCCCGACCUGGACAUCUACUCUCCGCCUCUGCCGCCGCCUCCUUAUUCGGGCUGCACAGGAGACCUCUACCAGGACCCCUCAGCGUUCCUGUCCCCAGCCACCACCUCCACCUCCUCCUCUCUGGGCUACCCACCGCCUCCUUCCUACCCGUCCCCCAAGCCGACCACGGACCCAGGUCUCUUCCCGGUGAUCCCAGACUAUCCUGGAUUUUUCCCACCACAGUGCCAGCGAGACCUACAUGGCACAGCUGUCCCGGACCGCAAGCCCUUUCCCUGUCCCCUGGACUCCCUGCGGGUCCCCCCUCCACUCACUCCACUCUCCACUAUCCGCAACUUUACUCUGGGGGGCCCCAGUGCGGGGGCGCCAGGGCCAGGGGCCAGUGGAGGCGGCGAGGGGCCCCGGCUGCCUAGCAGCAGCUCCGCCGCCGCCGCCGCCUUUAACCCCCACCACCUGCCGCUGCGGCCCAUCCUGAGGCCCCGCAAGUACCCCAACAGGCCUAGCAAGACUCCGGUGCAUGAGAGGCCUUACCCCUGCCCGGCGGAAGGCUGUGACCGGCGCUUUUCCCGCUCCGACGAGCUGACGCGGCACAUCCGCAUCCACACCGGGCACAAGCCCUUCCAGUGCCGGAUCUGCAUGCGCAACUUCAGCCGAAGUGACCACCUCACUACCCACAUCCGCACGCACACCGGCGAGAAGCCCUUUGCCUGUGACUACUGCGGCCGCAAGUUUGCCAGGAGUGAUGAGAGGAAGCGCCACACCAAGAUCCACCUGAGACAGAAGGAGCGCAAAAGCAGUGCCCCCUCCUCGUCGGUGCCGGCGGCUUCCACGGCCUCGUGCGCCGGGGGCGCGCAGGCUGGAGUGCCCCUGUGCAGCAGCAACGGCAGCGCCAUUGCUGGAGGGUCCCUGGCCACUUGCUCCUCUAGGACCAGGACACCUUGAGACCAGACUCAGGCUGCCACGCCAGCUUCUGGAGGUCCCAGAGGCCCUCGGUCCGCUGGAGCUGCACAACAAACACUACCCCCCUCUCCUGCCCCUCUCUCCCUCCACUGGGCAAAGGGCCUCGGGGGAGCCCGGGUUGCGCCCCUUUCCGCUUAGAAGCAGGUCCUUCCUAAAUGUUAGCCCACCUUAGUCUGUCUUUGGUGAGUUGACUAUCGCCCCAAGGUCAGGGGGAGGUUCGGAAGGGGGCUUGGUGGGGGUCCCUGGCCUAGAGGGCUGAGGCCUGACCCUGCUUUAAGGGUUGUUUGACUAGGUUUUGCUCUCCCCUCUCUUAUUUUGACCAGUUACAGGUUUUUGACUCUGAAUGUCAAGAGAUGAUCUGAAAUGUUUUGUACAGUAGAUUGGGAGAUGCUGAUUUCUUCAGGUGGGGACAGCAAAGACAGAAGCAAAACUGAUGUGCACUUUAUGGCUCGGGACUGAUUUGGGGGAUGUACAAUGAGUAAAGCAUGGUCUUUAAGCUGCAUUCUGUGGCCCUACAACAGUGAAUCAAAGCUUAUCUAGUCCUCUCAACCCUUUAAGCAAUAUGUAUUAUAAACUCAGAACAGAAGUGCAAUGUGACAGGAGGGACAUAGCAAUAUCUGCUCCUUUUUGAGUUGUUUGAGAAACGUAAAGACUAUUUUUGCAGUGUAUAUCCACUCAGAUUUUGUGUAUUUUUGAUGUGCACUGUUCUCCAAGUUCUGAACCUUUGGGAAAAAAAAAAAGUAAAGCAUUUAUGACCUCUUGAAACGAGUCAGAGGUUAACUUAUUUAAAAGGGGAUGUACAUAUAUUCUCUGAAACUAGGAUGCAUGCAAUUGUGUUGGAAGUGUCCUUGGUGCCUUGUGUGAUGUAGACAAUGUUACAGGGUCUGCAUGUAAAUGGGUUGCCUUACUAUGGAAAAAAAAAAAAAUCACUCCCUGGGUUUAGUAUGGCUGUACAUACCUGCCUAUUAAUAUUUGGAAUUUUUUUUUUUAGAAAGUAUAUUUUUGUAUGCUCUGUUUUGUGACUUAAAAGUGUUACCUUUGUAGUCAAAUUGCAGAUAAGAAUGUAAAUAAUGUUACUGAGCUGACUUGUUUGGUUAUUAGCUCUUAAUAGUUGUGGAAACAAAUGAUUUAUUCUAACACAAGACCACUAACUGAAGUUCAGAUAAUGGAUGGUUUAUAACUAUAGUGUAAAUAAAUACUUUUCAACAAUA